GUAGAUAAGAAAACCUUGGGGGCGUAGACCUCUUGGACCAAACCAAGUUAAAUCCCAAUAAGCCUGAGGUGGUAUUCAUGUUUUGAUUGCCAAACCGUAGACUUCUCCAAUCGAUUUCUUUCGGGUUCUUUUUUGUCACAGCAUCAAAGGAGCAAUUCGUCUAACAUUCGGGUGAUUCUUUCCUCCACACGACCAACAGAUCCGGUUUGAGAAGGCAGUCUCUCUGCAGACUAAAUAUCAUAUUUUGCUGUUCAAGUUGCAUGUUUUGGAGUUGAAUUUUCUCACACUUUUUGAUGGAUAAUGACCAUUCUGAUGGAUAACGCCGCGGAUAUUUCAUCCAGGGAGCACGUGCUCCGACUUUACAACAAGAAUGUUGAGUUGGAGAAUAGGCGUCGGAAAGCAGCACAAGCCAGAGUUCCCUCAGAUCCCAAUGCAUGGCAACAGAUGCGGGAGAACUACGAAGCUAUAGUCCUUGAAGAUCAUGCUUUCUCAGAACAACAUGAAAUAGAGUAUGCCUUAUGGCAGUUGCAUUACAGGCGGAUUGAGGAGCUACGUGCACAUUUAAAUGCCGCUCUAGCAUCAACGGGAUCGAUCACAUCUCAUAAUGGGAAGGGUUCCACACGACCUGGAUCUGGUCGAGUCACAAAAAUCCGUUCCCAGUUUAAGACCUUUCUUUCAGAAGCAGCUGGAUUUUAUCAUGAUUUGAUGGUGAAAAUUGGAGCCAAGUAUGAUCUACCACUGGGUUAUUUCUCAAAUGAUGCAGGGAAUCAGAUUGUUUUGUCUAAAUAUAAAAAUAGAUCUGCUGAGGUGAAGAAAGGUUUGAUAUCCUGCCACCGUUGUUUGAUUUAUUUAGGGGACCUUGCUCGUUAUAAGGGGUUAUAUGGGGAGGGUGACUCAAAAGCUCAAGAUUUCAAAGCAGCAUCAAGUUACUAUAUGCAAGCUUCUUCACUUUGGCCUUCAAGUGGCAACCCUCAUCAUCAGUUAGCCAUACUCGCUUCCUAUUCGGGGGAUGAACUGGUGGCAGUUUACCAAUAUUUUCGAAGUCUGGCUGUUGAUAACCCUUUUACCACUGCAAGGGACAACUUAAUAAUUGCAUUUGAAAAGAACCGUCAGAGUUAUGCUCAGCUGCUUGGAGAUGCCAAAGCUUCUUCUGUCAAGAUGGCACCUGUGCGGAUGACUGGGAAAGGAAGAGGAAAAUGUGAAACAAGGCCCCCAUUAAAUGAUAGUAGAGUUGAAGCAAGUAUUUUCAAGGAAAGAGAAUCCAGUUUACCUGAAACUUUUAAAGCCUUCAGCAUUCGAUUUGUACGCCUAAAUGGCAUUCUUUUUACUCGCACAAGCUUGGAGACAUUUGACGAAGUUUUCUCUAUGGCUAUAAGUGAUUUGCUUGAGCUUCUUUCUUCUGGUCCAGAUGAGGAGUACAAUUUUGGUUCAGACGCUGCUGAGUCUAGACUUGUGAUUAUUAGGCUUAUAGCCAUUCUCAUUUACACUGUUCACAAUGUGAAUAAGGAAACUGAAAAUCAGUCAUAUGCUGAAAUUUUACAGCGUUCAGUUUUGCUUCAGAAAGCAUUUACUGCUAUUUUCGUGUUCAUGGGGCAUAUUUUUGAGAGGUGCAUCCAGUUGAAUGAUCCUUCAACAAGCCGUUUAUUGCCUGGGGUUAUGGUUUUUGUGGAGUGGUUAGCCUGUUGUCCAGAUAUUGCAGUUGGCUGUGAUGUGGAGGAGAAACAAGCUAGUUCUAGAUCAUCUUUUUGGACCCAUUGCAUUUCUUUUUUGAACAAGCUCUUGGCAAGCGAGUUCUUGUCUGUUAAUGAGGACAAAGAUGAGACAUGUUUUUUCAAUAUGAGCAGGUAUGAUGAAGAUGAAACCACCAAUCGGCUUGCAUUGUCAGAGGACUUCGAAUUGAGAGGAUUCCUGCCUCUUCUUCCUGCACAAAUCAUCCUUGAUUUUUCGAGGAAAAAUUCUUUUGGAAGUGAUGGUGGCAAUAAGGAGAAGAAAGCCCGUGUUCAGAGGAUUAUUGCAGCUGGAAAGGCUCUUGCUAAUGUAGUUUGUCUUGGGCAACAGGGGAUCUAUUUUGAUCCAAAGGCGAAGAAAUUUGUUAUUGGCAUCGAGCCUCAAAUGCCUGAUGAUUAUUCACUCUCUAGUUCUCUGGAAAGUCCUGUAUUAAAUGGUAUCGGUCAAGAAAAUCUUCUUGAAUGUCAAAAAAGGUUGGGAGUCUUGCAGUCAAAGGCACAAUUAUACAUGGAAGGAGAAGAAGAGGAUGAGAUGAUUGUCUUCAAGCCAUCUGUGUCUGAAACACAUGUCGAUAGGAUUGCUUCAGAACUGACUUCUUAUAAGGUUCUUGGGUCCGGUGUUAAUGCCUCCAAGGUUGAUUGGAGAAGUCAUGUUGGAUCUGUUUCAGAAUCACAUGAUGGUUUUGCUUUUCAAAAUGCAUUAAAUACAAGUUCAAGGUCACCCACAUCCCUUGCUAACAUUCCUGUGCAGCAUAUGCAACCAAUACAGCCAAGUACUUCUAGGUGGCUGGUAGAACAACAAACUUUUGCUGCGAAUGGAUUGAGCAAUUUGAGCUUAUUGGACAGUGGGCUUCCUGUGAAACCUGAGUUGCAAGAUCAUGUAGGAGUUUUGCAGUCUUCAGCUUUUUCAGUUCCCUUCCCGCAGUCUGUCAAUCUUGGUGCUGGCAAUAAAUAUCUUGUUCAGGUCCCAGAAACUGUUGUACGACCUAAUUUUGAUUCUAUUAUGUCUUCUGGAGCUGGUGUUGAUAGCUUGUCCAUAAAGUCGUCAGAAGUCAUGGCAGCAGGUUUGAGAAAGAAUCCAGUGAACCGACCUCUUAGGCACUGCGGUCCCCCACCUGGAUUUAGUCCUCUUGCUCUCAAACUUGUGGAUGAGUCAUUGCCUGAUAUGAGCUUGAAGAAUGAAAAUCGACCAAUGGAUGAUUAUAUAUGGCUAGAUGGAUAUCGGUUGCCAUCAUCAACACAAGGCAUUAGGUUCAACAAUUCUACUAAUUACUCAGCACACGGAGACCACCUUUCGAGCAAGAGCAGUAGUUCUUUGGGGACGGCAGGCUUUCCUUUCCCUGGAAAGCAAGUCUCGACAUUGCAAGUCCAAGUGGAAAACGAAAAAGGCUGGCAGGACAAUCAGUUUCCUGAACAUUUGAGACUGUACCAGGACCAGCAGCAGCAACUUCAGAAAGGAAAUCAACAGUCUGUUGCAUUCCCGAAGCAUUAUCAAGGACAGUCUAUCUGGGCAGGUCAUUUUGUUGUGUGAGUGAUUAUGGGAGCGUAGAAGGUUUGAACAAGCUACCAUGUUGAACGUCUAGUGGCCUUAUGCUACCACUUCAGCUGUCAACGUAGCAGUGUGGCCAAUGUUAUUGUGUUUUUGUUCGAGCAUGGAUUGUCUUGGAGUGUCGCAGACACCUGCUGUUGAACAGCUUGUGCAGAGCUUUCCAGACCGGAUGAAUGGAUAUCAUGAAGUCAUAGUUGCGGGAAAGUGAGAUUGUCUGGUGAAUCGCUUAGCUGGUUGGAUGGUUUGGGCAUAUUCCGUGUGCGGAGAUAUCUUCAGAUGGUGCCAUGGUGGUGGGUAAACAUAUCAGGUGGAUGAUACGACGAACUAUUCCUACUUGACUGAUAAAAGAUAAUUUGUUAUAAGGGAUUAUUAGUAGUUGUUCCCAUACUUGCCAUGAUCCUCAGUUUCUGGGAGGCGAAUUAUUAUGGUAGAUAUGUUGGCAGUUCCUUUGAGCUGCCUAGAAGUUCCAGGAAAUUUGACUUGGGAAAAUAGUGGGAAAAAGUCUUUGUUGGAAAUGUGAAUGUUAGAUCGCAAACAAAUAUGCUGAGUACAGACAAAUUUGGGUAUUUCAGCUUUGAUGAUUACUGUUUUUUUUUUAAGUCCAGUGUUAGUUACGUGCUAUGCUUUUGGGGGACUUAAAAUAGUUUCUCUCGUGUUGCUAAAGCUUGUGUGAAUGAUACAACUUCAAUUUGGCUUGCCUGCUUCUGUUCGUCUUUGAUAAUUCAUAUAUAAGAAUGCCAGGUUUUUGUUAAA